AGAAAAUUCAAACAAACCAAAAAAAUAAACCAGGAAAUUGUGAACGAAGCAGGAACAAGAGAGAGAAGGUCAGAGAGAGAGAUCGAAGCAGCGGGAGGAGGAAAGGGAAAGAUAUUUUUUUUCUUCUUGUCACCCCCCUCUCUGUUCCAUCGACGUUACCCAGGAGGGGAUUUGCGUUCCCGAGGAGCAGAUUGAAGUUCGAAUAGGAUCACUACCCUUCCGGCGGGAUUGUGAAUCAGCGGUUUUCAAUUCCGAUCUCGGUGGCGGGGUUGGGAAGAGGCGGAGGAGGAGGAGGGAAAGAUGAGUGGCGGCAGCGGAUGGGAGAGGAUUAGGUCGACGAGAGGGGGAAGGUUGUCACGGGAAACGAGUUUGACAGGGCGGACGGCGAGGACGGUGAGGCUCGGCCGCGUACAGCCACAGGCGCCUGGUUACCGUACAAUUUACUGCAAUGAUCGCGAAGCCAAUCUCCCCGUCCGAUUCAAGGGGAACUCUAUAUCGACGACAAAGUACAACUUCUUGACCUUUCUACCCAAAGGGUUGUUUGAACAGUUCAGGCGGGUGGCUAACUGCUACUUUCUCUUUAUUUCUAUUCUCUCAAUGACACCUAUCAGUCCUGUUAAUCCAGUGACAAAUGUCGUCCCCCUUAGCUUGGUGCUUUUUGUUUCUCUGAUCAAGGAGGCAUUCGAGGACUGGAAACGCUUGCAGAAUGAUAUGGUGAUAAACAAUAAUCCUGUAGAUGUGCUGCAUGAUCAAGUAUGGGAAACUAUUCCUUGGAAGAAGUUGCAGGUUGGAGACAUUGUCAGGAUUAAGCAGGAUGGAUUCUUUCCUGCAGAUCUGCUUUUCCUAGCUAGUACAAAUGCAGAUGGUGUCUGUUAUAUCGAGACUUCGAACUUGGAUGGUGAAACAAACUUGAAGAUUAGAAAAGCUGUGGAAAGGACUUGGGAUUAUUUGAUCCCAGAGAAAGCUGUUGAAUUUAAAGGUGAAGUGCAGUGUGAGCAGCCAAACAACUCAUUGUACACUUUCACUGGCAAUCUUAUCAUCGAAAACCAAACGCUUCCUCUUUCUCCAAACCAACUUCUGUUGAGAGGUUGCAGUCUUAGAAAUACUGAGUACAUUGUUGCGGCUGUUAUCUUUACAGGACACGAAACAAAGGUAAUGAUGAAUUCCAUGAAUGUUCCAUCCAAAAGGAGUACAUUGGAGAGAAAACUUGACAAGCUUAUUCUUACUCUUUUCGGAACUCUCUUUGGUAUGUGCCUGGUUGGAGCCAUAGGAAGUGGGAUAUUCAUAAGUAGUGACUACUACUACCUUGAGCUUCAAAGAGGAGUAGGAUUGGAGUUUAACCCUAGCAGCCGUUUUUCGGUUGUCGUUCUAACAUUGUUUACACUACUCACUCUCUACUCAACAAUCAUUCCCAUUUCUUUAUAUGUCUCUAUUGAGAUGAUCAAGUUUAUUCAGUGUGCUCAAUUCAUCAACAAGGAUUUGCACAUGUAUCAUGUUGAAACCGACACCCCAGCAUUGGCUAGGACUUCGAAUUUGAAUGAGGAGCUUGGACAGGUGGAAUAUAUAUUUUCAGACAAGACUGGAACUUUAACGCGGAAUUUAAUGGAGUUCUUUAAGUGUUCGAUUGGAGGAGAGGUUUAUGGAACUGGUUUCACUGAGAUAGAGCGGGGUGGGGCACAAAGGAUUGGUGCUAAGCUUCAAGAAGCACAGAGAUCACCCCAUGCAGUGCAUGAGAAAGGGUUCAAUUUCGAUGAUUCUAGGAUAAUGCGAGGAGCUUGGAGGAAUGAGUCUAAUCCUGAUGUAUGCAAGGAAUUUUUCAGGUGCCUUGCUAUAUGCCAUACUGUACUUACUGAAGGUGACGAGUCCCCUGACAAGAUUACAUACCAAGCUGCAUCUCCUGAUGAGGCUGCUCUUGUCACUGCUGCAAAGAAUUUUGGUUUCUUCUUCUACAGGUUGACAACUGCAAUGAUGCUGUGUUCUGCAUUUUCUCUUCUCCUUGUGAAUUUAUGAGCUUACAUUUUAUCAGAGAAGAUGUUCAGUUCAAACUAGAUGUCUAGGCUAGCCAAUCUGUCAUCAGUGGGAGGAAACCAAAUACUGAUUGCUAAUGGUUUCAUUUCGUCAGGCGUACCCCUACUAUGAUAUACGUUCGUGAAUCUCAUGCGGAGAAGAUGGGGACUAUUACAGAUGUUCCUUAUGAGAUUUUGAAUGUUCUCGAGUUUAACAGCACAAGGAAGCGACAGUCCGUUGUUUGUAGGUACGCAGAUGGUAGACUUGUAUUGUACUGCAAGGGUGCCGACACUGUAAUUUAUGAGAGACUGGCUGCCGAGAGCGAUGAGCUUAAGAAGAUAACUCGGGAACACUUGGAGCAGUUUGGAUCUGCUGGGUUGCGUACUCUCUGCCUUGCCUAUAAGGAUUUACACCCAGAAACAUAUGAAAGCUGGAAUGAGAAGUUUAUCCAAGCUAAAUCUUCUCUUAGAGAUCGCGAGAAAAAGCUUGAUGAGGUGGCGGAACUUAUAGAAAAGGAUCUCAUCUUGAUUGGGGCCACAGCUAUAGAAGACAAGCUUCAAGAAGGGGUACCAACUUGUAUAGAGACUCUUGCUAGAGCUGGAAUUAAGAUUUGGGUCCUGACAGGUGACAAGAUGGAAACUGCAAUAAAUAUUGCUUACGCUUGCAACUUGAUUAACAAUGAUAUGAAACAGUUUAUCAUCAGUUCAGAAACUGAUGCGAUUCGAGAAGUAGAAGAAAAGGGUGACCAGGUAGAAAUUGCACGGUUUAUGAAGGAAGAAGUUAAAGGAGAGCUCAAAAGGUGUCUCGAGGAAGCGCAACACUCUUUGUGCACUGUAUCUGGACCCAAGUUGACACUUGUUAUUGAUGGAAAGUGUUUAAUGUAUGCAUUGGACCCUAGCUUGCGUGUAAUGCUGCUAAAUCUGAGUCUGAACUGCAGUUCAGUGGUCUGUUGUCGAGUUUCGCCUCUGCAGAAAGCUCAGGUUACUAGCCUAGUCAAGAAAGGUGCGCGGAAGAUAACCCUUAGUAUUGGAGAUGGUGCUAAUGAUGUUAGCAUGAUUCAAGCUGCCCACAUUGGCGUUGGAAUAAGUGGGCUGGAGGGUAUGCAAGCAGUCAUGGCUAGUGACUUUGCAAUUGCCCAGUUUCGGUUUCUUACAGAUUUACUUUUGGUACAUGGACGGUUGUCUUACCUCAGGAUAUGCAAGGUGAUCACCUACUUUUUUUACAAGAAUCUUACAUUCACUCUGACGCAAUUUUGGUUCACAUUUCAUACCGGCUUCUCUGGUCAAAGGUUUUAUGAUGAUUGGUUCCAGUCAUUGUAUAAUGUCAUCUUUACCGCUCUUCCAGUGAUUAUUGUUGGGCUUUUUGACAAGGAUGUUAGUACGGCAUUGUCGAAGAAGUACCCUGAACUGUACAAGGAGGGGAUAAGAAACAUGUUCUUCAAGUGGCGAGUUGUGUGGACGUGGGCUUUUUUCUCCGUUUACCAAUCUCUGAUCUUCUAUCACUUUGUGACGAUCUCUGGUACUAGUGGUAAAAAUCUCUCGGGAAGGAUGUUUGGACUUUGGGAUGUUAGCACAAUGGCAUUCACUUGUGUUGUGAUCACUGUCAAUUUACGGCUUCUUCUGAUGUGCAAUUCAAUAACAAGAUGGCAUUACAUUAGCGUCGGUGGAAGUAUUCUGGCAUGGUUUGUCUUCAUUCUUAUCUACUCACUGCUACGGGAGAAUGUUUACUUCGUCAUUUAUGUUCUGAUGGGGACAUUCUAUUUCUACCUUACAAUAAUUCUUGUGCCCAUUGUUGCUCUUCUUGGAGACUUCAUCUAUCAAGGGGUGGAGAGAUGGUUCUUCCCAUACGACUAUCAGAUAGUACAAGAGAUGCACCGAAAUGAUCCCGAAGACAACUCAAGGGCUGGGUUAUUGGAGAUUGGGAACCGCCUGACCCCACAGGAGGAAAGAAGCUAUGCGAUAGCUCAACUACCAAGAGAGCUAUCCAAACACACAGGCUUCGCCUUUGAUUCCCCAGGUUACGAGUCGUUUUUCGCUGCCCAGCUGGGUGUCCACGCCCCCCAGAAGGCGUGGGAUGUUGCCAGAAGAGCCAGCAUGCGGGGGAAGCCAAAGCCAUCGAAGAAGCACUGAAUGAAGUUUCUGGGAACACAGAUGUGUUGUACAAAGAAGAAUUUUUGUAGUCCGUCCUCCACAGCUUGCUGACUUGAUUGAGAUAUCCCUUAGAAGUAAAAGGAAACGAUAAGUUUGUAUAUUUAUUUAGAUGCCUAUCACCUGUUUGAGAAGAGUCCCCACCCAUAUUAUCCUCAGUUUCUUGGACCAUAGAUGUAUUCUUUGGAGGGGUUUAGCCGUGUCAUUAUUAGGGUAUUUUUGUCCCAGCUGUACAGCUAAUGUUAUAUUUUUAAUGGAAUACACAGAAAAUCCAUUGUUCUGAAGAAGUUUGAUAUAGAUCCACC